UUAAACAUGUUGCGUGAUCUCUCACAUUACGGCCGCACGACAAUAUUAAUUAGUCAUUGUUCACUCGUCGGGCGUGCAGUGGACAUCGGAUGUAAUUUGUUCUUUACACAGUAUCGAUUAUUAAACCUUGACUUUAAAACCACUUUCUCUGGAAUACAUUCGUAACAGAAUAAGAAUCGCCCUUCUCCAAAACCGUUACAAGACAACUUUGAUAAUUAUGGCUUAGGGAAUCUCGAACCGCCCACCUCGUUUGAAUGCCAUAAUUUGGAGACUUGGUAAUCGCAUUCAAAUCACAAAUAAAAGCACUUCAUCAUGCAAUCGCGCGACCGAGUAGUGUGCCCCCACGCCAAAAUGAAGUACUUCGAGCUAGUUGAACCGGAAGCCGUGAUGCCGCUGGCUCUCCGCCUGAUGGAAACCUAUGGCCUACGCGGUGGAAAGCGAAAGUUUCUGCAGUUUCAAGUGACAAUUUUGUGGGAAUUUCUCAUGAUAGUGCUUCCCAAGAUCAUUUUCGGCUAUCGCAGUCAGGAUUUGGUGAUACGCGGGCUGUCGGAGCUACUGUUCCAGUUGCACAUCAUGAUUCGGAUUUCCAUUUUUGCCUGGCAUCGGUUCAAGUUUGAAGAUUUGGUUGCCAUCAUCCGGAGAAUUUAUAGGAAAACGUUUUCUCCUGGAGCAGAUUCGAAGUUGAAGGAAAUCAUUCUGGACUUUAACAAAAUGAUCAACAAGCAAUCCAAGGGAUACUUCCUGUACAUAAUGGGAUGCGUCAGCUUGUUCACUGUAGCUCCAGUGGUUCAAAGUGUGGUAAUUUUUAUCACACAUCAAGGAAACAAUGGAACGGAUAAAGCAGAGUAUGUUACGAUGAUGGAACAAGAAUUCUACGGCCUGAACAUUCGAGGAAACUUCGCCCACUAUGUGAUGUACGUUGGCCUGGCGGGCUUGGCACAUUACUACUCGGCUUCGUUCUUCGCUGUGACCGGUGUUGUAAUGAUUUGUGCCGUCCGAUGUACGAUACUGACGUUCCGGCUGAUAAUCGUAAGACUCAGCAAGCUCCACGAACUUCCGAAGGAAGACAUCCGCGAUGAGCUGCGAGAAAUCAUCGAUCUACAUGUGGAUGCAUUGAGGUGCAUCCAACUUAUGGAACAAAUCGCCAAUUUGGCCAUGGUCAUUCAGAUCGUUGACUGCGUACUUAUUUGGAUUUCUAUGAUUUUGUAUAUGAGAAACAAUCUAGGUGUUGAUGCCAUAAGCUUGAUGGUGCUGUUCGUGGCUCUAACUGGAGAAACCUAUGCUUUAUGUGAUUUGCUAACACAGCUUACUAGUGAGAGCUUAGCAGUAACCCGAGCCAUCAUUGAUUGUCAGUGGUACAACCUGCCACUAGAUGUGCAGAAAGCGUUGUCGUUUAUCCUUUUCCGAGCCCAGCGUAACGAAGGAAUCACAGCAGCGAAAUUUUUCUACAUGGACAUAGAAAGAUUCGGAAAUGUGGCUCAAACUUCAUACUCGAUCUACGUGGUGCUCAAGGAUCAGCUGUAAUGAGUGAAUGUGAUUGAUCGUAGUGGAAUAAGUUAUUUGAAAAUGGAACUUGUAGUUAAUUUGAUAAGCAGAUCUAAGGUCUAAACAAGUUGCUGAUGCAGCAAAUGCUUUACCCUCACUCUUAGAACCAUUUGGUUUUGAUUAUGCAAUGAAUCAGAAAGAAUCGACGGCAAAUUGAUAAUAGACUCAUUACGCUACAGUAAACAUCUUCAUCUUACGCUGACUUUCAUAUUCCCAGAAUUUACUGAAAACGUCAACAAACAUCAAUCACACAUUCGCUCAAAUACCCCUCCCUCAGAAAACUGCGUCCACCGAUCAAAAACAAAUUUAUCAAAACAUAAAACUGUCCACACUAGCAGCUUUGUUCGGGGCAUCAACUUACUCCCCAUUCCCCAUAACAUCCGUCGUCGUCGUCGUCCGGUUUCUAGAGCUACUGACUGACCGAUUCGAGCUUCUAAGCUGUAACGAAUUACAGCGGGAGUGAAAAAACGCAUUAUUGACCAGUCAUCAAAAUUGAUAUAUGAAAGCAAACCGGGACCUUUCGUCGGGCUCAUCGGGGGACACAACUUCUCCCCUCUUCUUCGUGAUUGAACCAGCCAGCCGGGCAGAUACCACUACUGCGGCAAACUAAAGUACUGUGAUAUGGGGUGUAUUUGAUACAGUAUAAUAUAACUUCAUAUUAGGGCCUUACAUAGUGGUUAGCUUGCGGGUAUUCAGCUUGAACUCACAGUGGGAAAAAAUAGGUAUAAAACGCGAAUGAAUUGAAUAUCUCAGCUCGGAGUGGAUGAAGUCGAAUGAUUUUUUGACACAAGGCAUCGUACACAAAUUACGUAACGC